AUGGGCGCUUAUAUAACACCAUCAACAAUGAGAGUUUCUCGAUGUGGCAUUCAUGGCUUCCAUGAAACGCUCGGGAUAGACCAAGACGAAGUGCGGUUCUUCUGGGUAUUGUCUAGCAAUGAGGAAUUUGCAGCUCAAGCUGCGUACCGGAUUAUUGUUUCGACAGAACCUUUCACUUCAGAGGACGUCGGUAGCUCUGAUAAGUCAAUUGCAUGGGAUUCGGGAAAAAUUCAAAGUGACAAGCAGCGAGACAUUCGCUGCUGUCCAGAAACUGGUUUUAAGUCGACCUGCAUGUACUAUUGGAGAGUUUUGGUAUGGGAUACAUAUGGAACAUGCUCCCAAAGCAAUCUUAAUGAAUUUUUCACUGCCUAUCCUCGGUCGCAUUUACUCCCACCCUAUAGUAUGAAUCAAACGUACAUGCCGCAUACCAGUCUUAUCUUCAGGACGUGGUUUGAAGACCAGGAAAACAAGUGGCGGGCAGUGUGGUUAGGAGAUGGUGGGGACAAGCCUAUCUACCUUCGAAAAUCUUUCCAUUUGUCUAGAAAACCUACGAAGGCAAUUGCCCUCGCUUCUGGCUUGGGCCACUUCAGUCUUCACGCAAACGGCGGAGCGGCUUCCAAUCAUGUCCUGGAUCCUGGCUGGACGAAUUAUCACAGAACUGUUCAAUUCGUCGGGUACGAUUUGACUCACCGUCUUAAGCUUGGGGAAAAUGUUUUAGCAGCCCAUGUUGGUAACGGCUUUUAUGCUGGUGACCAGGGAGAAAGAUUCUUUUGGCCAAUGUAUGAAGAUAAUACAUAUGUCCGAUACGGGAAUGAACUAUGUUUCUUUGCUGAGGUUCAUUUAUUCUACCAAGACGGAACGCAUGAUAUUGUUAUCUCAGAUCCUAGCUGGCGUGUCAGGAAAAGCGCUACGUCUCUCGCCAAUAUCUAUGCUUCCGAAAAUCACGACAGGAGGCUUUAUCCUCAAGGGUGGGAUGCUCCUGGAUUCGACGACGGCGAGUGGGCAUUUGCGAAACCUCUAACGGGCCCGAGAGGGCAGCUUCGAUAUCAAAGCCAACCACCCGUCGUCUUACACGAGAUCUUCAAGCCCGUUAGAACGCACUCGCCUGGACCAGGGACAGUCUGUUUUGAUCUAGGACAGAACGCAUCCACUAUGAUUAAGAUUGAAGUCGAAGGAGAUGCUGGCUCCGAGGUCAUCAUCCGUUAUGGUGAAACAACGUACGACGACGGCCGAAUUUUGAUGCCAGACCCAUUGUUCAAGGAGUUCGAGACAGGUGUCUACUCAAAAUUUAUCCUUGGCAAUGUUCCCGGACCUCAAAUGUGGGAGCCUGAUUUUUCUUUUACUUGUGCACGAUAUAUUCAAGUAGAUGGCGUCUCCCUAGAACCUGGCCAAGGUCUUCCUGUCAUCCGCUCAGCUAUCGGACAGCAUGUCUCAACAGCAUCUCGUAGACUCGGGAAAAUGCAAACCGACAAAGAAGAUUGUAAUGCUUUGAUCAAAGCCUGCUACUGGAGCUACGCGAGCAACUUAUUUAGCUACCACACCGAUUGUCCUCAGAUCGAAAAGUUUGGCUGGCUAGAAGUCACACAUCUUCUCGCACCCGCAACCCAAUAUAUCCGCGACGUCGAGGCCUUGUAUACGAAGAUUCUCCAAGAUAUCCUAGAUACACAAGAAUCCAGCGGUCUAGUGCCGACAAUGGCCCCCGAGAUACGGUAUAUGUGUGGACCCCUCCACGAUACAAUAACAUGGGGCUGCGCUUUGUGCUUUCUCCCUGAAAUUCUCCUUCGAUACUACGGGACUACGCAAAUGAUCCCUACGAUAUACCAGCCUGCAAUCAGAUAUAUGGAGUAUAUGCGAACGAAAGAGAGAAAAGGGGGUCUAAUUGAGCAUGGUCUUGGAGAUUGGGGUCGUGACAUUGCAUUCGGAAACCAUCAGGCAAACAUCGAAACGGCAAUCUAUUAUCAAUGCCUACGUAAUCUAGAGACAUUCGCUCGGGUCCAGUCCCUCGAUUCCGAUGCCCAGCAUUUCAAGGAAUGGGCCGAACGUAUCUAUACGGUCUAUAAUAAACAUCUCCUUGUCAUAGACGACCCCGAAAGGCCGUAUGCGUACUACACAUCCCUAGAUCAAUAUCCAAUACGCGACAGAACCGCAGUUAGUCAAGCAAUCGCGCUGCAAUUCAACCUUGUUCCCCAGAAAUACCGAGCAGACAUCAUGAAAGCCUUCUUAGACGAUACCUCAGACGGCCGUAUUCGCUCCGGUGAGAUUGGCCUCCGGUACCUUUUUAACACUUUGGCCGACGCCAAUCGUCCAGAUAUUGUCCUGCAGAUGUGUCGCCAGGAGGAACAUCCUUCAUACAUGCGCUUCCUUCGACGAGGAGAAACUACACUUCUGGAGUUUUGGCAGGAUGAAUGUCGGUCGAAAAGCCAUGACAUGUUGGGAACUAUCUACGAGUGGUUUUAUGCAUAUGUAUUGGGUAUCAAACCUACUGGCAUCGCCUAUAAAACCUUUGACAUUAGCCCGCCAUACUUUUCUGAGUUUAACGAAGUAAAGGGUGUUGUAGAUUGUCCAUAUGGGAAUAUUAGUGUUUCAUUCGUCCGUUCAGGGAAAGAAGGCGAUAUACAAUUGCAAGUUUCCGUUCCAAUGAGCACUGUGGCAACUCUGAAGCUUCCUGGGGAUAGUUGUAACGCCAUUGUUGAGCGUAGUGGUAGUUGGAGGCGUAUUAAAGUCCAAGGCGGGAGUGUGGAUUUGAAACAGGGAAUUUACAUCAUCGAGAUCCCGAAAUGUUCGAAUGCUCUUUGA